AUGGCUGAUCCAACCAAAUUUUUGCACAAAGGCUCUAUUCUGGAAACUAUGUACCGGUCUGUCUCUCAGGAAAGUAAACUCAUCUCUGAUUACAAACUGCUUCCUCCAAAGAGUCCACGAAAAUUAACUCUAGAGAUGCAAGUUGCAUUAGACGAGGUGGAGAAACCUGCUAAACGAGGGAAGAAAGCUGUUGUUAAAAAAGAAGCAACUGAAGAGCCCUCUUCCAAACCCACUAAGUCAAAGAAAAGGAAAACUGACAAGGGUGAUUCCUCUACUCCAAAGAAAGUCAAGAAAAUGGCUCGCAGAAAACUCACUCCUUCACCUUCACCUUCCGAACUGAAGGAUGAGCAGUCUGCAAGUGACGAUGAGGAAGAGCAACAUGAAGGUUUACCUCGGGUUCAGGUUACCAUUGCUACUCCACCCUCAUCUUCAUCACCACCUGUUUCUACUAUUGCUCCACCACCGCUUGUCAGUUCUACUCCCAUCACCACUGCCCCAUUACCACCUCUAAUUUUCUCCAAACCAACCUUCACCACUACAUCUAUCAUCACUUCAACCAUAGAUUCUUUUGUAAAUGUCAACACAUCUGAUGUGGGGGCGAAGACUGAAGAACCUCCUAAAGUCACAACAGAGCCCAUUUCCCCAACUCCUUCUAGUGGUUCUAAUCCAGUUCUUGGAGGAGCUGAAUUUGAAUUUGAUUCUACUUACUAUCGUCCCUACCAUAUCCCCGACGAGGAAGAUGAAUCUGCUCCAGCAACCAAGCAGCAAAUCGACAGUAUUCACGAAAAGCUUGAUUCACUACUCGAUUCGACAACAAAGUAUAAUGAUGUUGUUCUAAAAGCAUUCAGGGAUAUAGCCCUGAACGAAUAUACAUAA